UUGUCAUUGCGAUGCACGUGCUGAGAAGUAAACAAAAACAGAGUUGCGAUUUUAUUUUGGUUAGGGGCUGUAAAAAGCCGAUUCAAAAACAAUAUCAUGUCUCGUAAAUCAUUAUCGAAAAAGGAGCCAGCGUUAUGGUACCUGUGUAAUAGUUGUAAUAGCAAUAUAUUUGCCAAGGAUCGUGAACAACAUUCGUGUACAGAACAAUCAAGUGACGAAUUAGCACAAAACCAUACGGUCGUUUGCAAUAAACGACUUUCAACGAAUCAACUAGCUGAGAAACCAAUUACGGACGAUUUAAAAGGAAUAAAUUCAAACAAAUUGAAUAGCUUGAUAUUUUUGCAUGAAUCGAUUUUUCCACUUUGCGAUUUGGUGCUUGGUGACUACGUGUUGAUAUCUUCAUCAUCGCUGGCUCAAAAUGCACCAAUUGUACGAAAUGCAUGGCCAAUGUCAAAUGCAAACCAAGGAAUUGUUUGCGUUUCAGGAGAAGAGUUUCGAACAACAUGGACAUCAACGAUAGACUUGAAUUUAACGAUAGAAAAGGUGUCUGGAGAUCUAAUUCCUGCCGUACGCAUAACGUUACAGCCUGAAGAUUCGGAGACAAUCGAUAAAAACGUGUGGCCUGACAUCAAAAAAGUUCUUUUCAUCCAAAUGAAAGGAAACAUUUACUGUAAAAACAACGUAAUCAACGUGAAUUUCUUCAAUAAACAAUUCAAAUUCACGAUUAAAUCACUAAAAUCCAGUCCGUCCACCGAUGAACUACAAAGUUUAGUUGAUCAAUUUCAAACGAUGCAAAUUAAUGCGGAAAAAUGUUUUCUGGUCACAAAUUCAACGACAUUGGAUUUACACGAGUCUUCUAUCGACGAAGACGAAGUAAGUCAUUCGAAAACUCGUUCAAAACUGGAUCAAAUUGGCGGAAUGACCGAUUUAAUAGCGCAAUUAAAAGAUUGUAUGAAUAUUGCGUUGGGAAAUACAAUAGCAGGAUCCAGUUUCUAUGUGCCACGGUCAGUGAUAUUGAGUGGACAAAGUGGUAGUGGAAAGACGUUGCUGUGCGAUGCAGUUAUUGAACAAAGUGAUGCUCUAGUUCUUCGAAUAACAGCAUCGGAGAUAUUUAGCAAGUAUUUUGGUGAAUCCGAAUCAAAAUUGCUGGGAUAUUUUGAAAAAGCAUACAAAAAUUAUCCCAAUCCAUCAAUUAUAGUCAUCGAAGAAGUCUCAAGCAUUUGUCCGAAAGAAACGAAAGAAGAGUCAUCGAAACGUGUACAAAUGGCAUUUUUAAAUAUUCUCGACGAAAUCCAUUUGAGAAAAGAUGCGAGCCGCUUAUUUUUGGUCACCACCACCGCCAAUCUUGAUAAUGUAAAUUUGGCCGUACGACGCUAUGGUCGAUUAGAUGUUGAAAUUGAAAUUCCCGUUCCGGAUCCAAUUGUACGCGAACAAAUUCUAUUGAAACAAUUGGAAUUUGUGCAGCAUACGCUGAACGAAAGUGAUGUAAAAAAUAUUGCCAAUAAUAGUCAUGGAUUCAUCGCAUCAGAUUUAUCAAAUUUGGUGGCGAAGGCAGCAAUGCAUGCGUCGAGAAAAAAUCCAAUUGCAGAACCAUUGAUUGAAUUGAAUGACAUUCAAUCUGCCUAUUGUCAGGUCGUGCCCAGUGCUAUGAAAGAGGUGGUUAUAAAAUGUCCGAAUGUGAAAUGGUCAGAUAUUGGUGGUCAAGAUGAACUGAAGUUACAAUUGAAACAGGCCAUUGAAUGGCCACUGUUGCACCCGGAGAUAUUUACACGUUUGGGAAUACAACCGCCAAGAGGUGUGUUAAUGUUUGGUCCUCCCGGAUGCAGCAAAACCAUGAUCGCCAAAGCGCUCGCCACAGAAAGUAAUGUUAACUUUUUAUCAAUCAAGGGACCGGAAUUGUUUUCAAUGUGGGUUGGUGAGUCAGAACGUGGUGUUCGUGAUUUGUUCCAUAAAGCACGACAAGUGGCACCAUCAAUCAUAUUUUUCGAUGAAAUCGAUGCCAUUGGUGGUGAACGUUCUGCAUCGGCCAGUGGAUCGUCGGUGAAAGAACGUGUUUUAACUCAAUUGCUAACCGAAAUGGAUGGCGUAAAUGCAUUGACCAAUGUCACAAUUGUAGCGGCAACAAAUCGACCGGAUUUAAUUGAUAAAGCAAUUAUGCGACCCGGACGCCUCGAUCGCAUCGUUUAUGUUCGUCUACCCGAUGAUAAGACACGACGCGAAAUCUUUCGCAUUAAAUUAUCGAAAAUGCCAUUGAAUGAUGAUGUCAACAUUGAUUCGCUCGUGCAACGAACUGAUGGCUAUUCUGGCGCUGAAAUUCAAGCGAUUUGUCAAGAAGCCGCCAUGUAUGCCCUUGAAGAUGAUUUAAAUGUUAAGACAAUCGCAUGGAAAUACUUUGAUAAGGCAAUUACAAAUGUUAAACCACGUACCAGCUCAGAGCUGCUUAAAUUAUACGAUGAUUAUUUGAAUGAGAGUUUAAAAGCUUGAAAUAAAACUGCAACAAACAAAAAAAAUCCAUUAACAACCUAAA